AUGCUAUGCGUUAGUUUGGUGCGCCCAACUAGGGCGAUCCAGGAAAGGGUAGAGAUCGUACAGAGAGGUCGCGGGGAACUACUGCACGGCAAGUGAGCUAUGAGUACGUCGUGCAACUAGCCGAGCGUAUUCUGAACACUUACCUCGAGCGCGUGGCAGGCGUGCGUGCGUCGAGGGUUUCUGGAGAGCAGCGGGCUGCUGUAAGGUCCUGAUGAAGGAGAUUACGGGGUGA